CACGGCGCAGGCGCCACGUUUUAUCUAAUCUCGCCGCUCUCUUUCUGCUGUGUGUAUACGAGACCCCGCCGCCAUAGUUAAUAUUUCAACCGAUAGAAUAUUAAUGGCGACAUUCGCGGCGUGUUUCCGGGAUUAAAAUUUCUCAUCGUCUCUCAAAAAAAAAACACACAGAGGACGCGAGAAUGCGUUGGCGAAUUCCGUCGGCCGCGUUCCCGCACGCUGACCUGAGAAAACGUUGACGAAAAUGUUGUGUUGUUGAAAGAAGCGCACACUUGCCCUGCCGCUUAGCGCGUUACCUCGAGGCAUAUUGUGCGCCGCACGCGCCAGCGCAAUUCUGUUCGGAGGACUUUUCAGGCGCGAGAGCGGCGCUACGCGGAGUCAAACGCGAGCCACUGUGUGGUGGUGGUCGGUGACUUAUGUACCGUUAACUCGAAUUCAUUCCCCUUGGCCGGUUCUUCUCGUGGAACAUCGCGACUUGGUGCGCGUCCCGCCUACCGACCGAAGAGGACCGUGCGAUAUAUUUCGAUCGUGUGUACACACACACACACACACACACACAAACGCCUGUGAAACCCGGAAACGAACAGUGCGGCGUCUCCGUUUUCCAACAGAGACCUCGUCACGCGCGCGCAAGAGAGAAAGAGAGAGACAGCGACAUUAGCCAUAGUGUGUGUAUGUGAGCGCGAAUUUAUCGCGGAGUCACUCUCGAGCUCUCCUCGAGCUUCCGUUAAAGUGCGCGCGCGUCCACAUACGUAUUCUACAUGGUUACGCUUAUAUGACGUGGUCGUCGUGUGCGCCGACAUUAACAUCCCGUGCGAUUACGAUACGUCGGUCGACGUUGUGCACGUAGAAAUGAGAAAGUCGUUGCCGCCGCGCUGAGAGGAUUGGGAACACAACGCGGGCGAGAGACAGCCAGACGGACGAUUCACGUACUAAGCGAGGAGGUAAACCGAAGGCGGCGACAGUAGCAGAGGGUACGUCGCUCCGAUACGCACGACGGGAAUCUCGCGGCUUUUGAUCGCGCCUGCUUAUUUUUUGUUGCCCGCUUGUUGUCUACCUGCCUGGUACUUACGACAUUACUCUAGAAAAUGAAUUUUACACCGUUUCCUGGGUUCACCGGCACACUGCCGACAGGCACCGUCCAUCAAUUUGCCACUGCUAAAUUCGCGCAAAAUCUUACCACUGGAGGACAGGUAGUUGGAGUACUUUCAGGUGGUGAGGGUGGAGUUCACUAUUUAAGACCAGUUGAUCCAAAUGGAUUCACUGUGGCUCAGAGUGGCAACAGUCAGCAACAGCAAAUCAUUACUUUGCCAAUCACGGUACCCGGAAAGGAUGGUACUCAGCAACAACAGACUGUCCAAAUACAAGUGGUGAAUCCCAAUGUAUCUCAAAGCGGGAAUAACGGCGAUCAACCCAAGUAUCAUUUGACACCAAUAUCGCUGAGCCAAUUUCCGCAAGGGGCAGCUACCGUCCUCACUGUUGCCUACAGUCAACAAGGUGCGGAUGGAGUACAAAUUCAAGUACAACCGCAAAACACUGUAGCAACUACGCAAACAUCCGAUCAAACAACACAGAGUACGUCUACCGCUGUGACCACCACGUCUCAGCAGACUAUUCAACAGACAGUGCAACUUCCGGGAGCGCCUGAAGGUCUAACCGUAGUUGCUCAAAUUCCCCAAGAUUUGAUCUUGCGAGAGAGCAUAGAGGAAUCGAAGGAGGAUGUGAAGGAGGGCACAACACCGGUGGCUCUCAUUAAACGUGGUGUCAAAAAUCAAGGUAAUCAGAGUGGCGAAGAGUUCAUUACCACUAUGCCUCCCAGUUGGCAAAGUCUUGCUGCUCCAGGAUCCACGGUCGCGGAUUAUCUCUCCAGACUGCCAGCCAGUACAUUGCCUAUAAGUUUGCAACAUUUCCUCAAGUUUUCGGCAGAGACUAUAAAGAGGGAAGCUACCAUUGAAUCUAGUCCGCUCGGGGCGGACGCACUCGACGCUUCCGGAAGCGCUACUUCGGCUGAGCAAUCGGUACAGAUUACUGUUGCCGGAGCGGAAGCGGCAAUCAUUCCUGAUGUCGUUGAGGAACAGGAAACGGGAGCAAAACCGAAACGGAAAAAGAAGUAUAAAAAGAAACCACCGAAGCCGAAAAAACCGAAACCCGGUCAGGUGAGCAUAGUUACCGCUCUCGAUGGCACGACUUUGUUUUGUUGCCCUCAGUGUAAUAUGGCGUAUCCAGAGAAGGAGAGUUUGGAACAGCACUUGAUCGGGCACAAAAUAGAGAGGAGAUUCAUAUGUGACAUCUGCGGCGCUGGUCUUAAACGGAAGGAGCAUUUGGAGCGACACAAAUUAGGUCACAAUCCGGACAGACCGUUUAUAUGUUCUGUGUGCAUGAAAGGUUUUAAACGAAAAGAACAUUUGAAUCUUCAUUUUGUUAUACAUUCUGGACAGAAGACCGAGGUUUGCACCGAAUGUGGCAAAGCGUUCUAUCGGAAGGACCAUCUUAGAAAACAUGCUAGAUCUCAUCUUUCGAAGCGUGCCAAGGAAGAUCCGUUGAACACGGGCGACACGACGCAAAGUCAACAGCAGGCGGACCAACAGCAACAGCAAGUGGAACAGAUGCAACAGCAGUCUGCGGUUCCUGAACUGCAGCAGAUUCAGAUACAAGUAGGGCAAGGCUCACAAGCGCAGAUUCAUCAGAUCUCUGUUAGCGAGCAGCAGCAAUCAACCGUAGUUUUGCCUACAGCUGCCGAAACAGGAGCCAUGACUAUGCUCCAUCAGCAACAGCAGCAACAGCAACAGUCGCAACAAUCUCAACAACAACAACAGCAACAAUCUCAGCAACAGCAUUAGCAACAGCAUACCGCCCCGCUUGGGCGGUAUCUUCGCUGCAAUCAUCAACAAGCUAGAGGCCGUGCAAGACGUAGUAUACUUGCUGAUUGAGUUUUGU